CCCGCGCCCGCGCCCCGGGCCGCCCAUGGCUGCGCACGAGUGGGACUGGUUCCAGCGCGAGGAGCUCAUCGGGCAGAUCAGCGACAUCCGCGUCCAGAACCUGCAAGUUGAGAGGGAGAUUGUACAGAAGAGGACUUUCACUCGAUGGAUAAAUCUACACCUGGAGAAGUGCAACCCGCCUCUGGAAGUGAAAGAUCUGUUCGUCGAUAUCCAAGAUGGCAAGAUUCUGAUGGCCUUGUUAGAAGUACUGUCUGGACGGGAUCUGCUGCACGAGUACAAAUCCUCCUCCCAUCGGAUUUUUCGCUUGAACAACAUAGCAAAAGCACUUAAGUUCUUGGAAGAUAGCAAUGUAAAACUGGUCAGCAUCGACGCGGCAGAAAUAGCGGACGGCAACCCCUCCUUGGUUCUGGGCCUGAUAUGGAACGUCAUCCUCUUCUUCCAGAUUAAGGAGCUCACAGGCAACCUCAGCAGAAACUCUCCAUCUUCCAGCCUGUCACCCAGCUUGGGGGCCACAGACUCAGACUCCUCCUUCCCACCCACACCCACCACAGAGAGGAGCUCGGCCAUCUCGGUGAAGGACCAGCGGAAGGCCAUCAGGCUCCUGUUGGCAUGGGUGCAGAGGAAAACCAGGAAGUAUGGUGUGGCAGUGCAGGACUUUGCGGGCAGCUGGAGAAGCGGGCUGGCCUUCCUGGCGGUGAUCAAGGCCAUCGACCCCAGCCUGGUGGACAUGAAGCAGGCCCUGGAGGAGUCCAUGCGGGUAAAUCUCGAGAAGGCUUUCAGCAUCGCCCACGACGCCCUUCACAUCCCCAGGCUGCUGGAGCCGGAAGACAUCAUGGUCGACACCCCUGACGAGCAGUCCAUCGUGACUUACGUGGCCCAGUUUCUAGAACGUUUCCCGGAAUUGGAAGCCGAGGAUUUUGUGGAUUCAGAGAAAGAAGCCCCUAUUGAAUCCACCUUUGUCCGCAUCAAAGAAUCCCCUUCUGAACAGGAGAGCAAAGUCUUCCUUCUGUCCGAAAAUGGGGAGCGUUCCUAUACAGUUAACCAUGAGACUAGCCACCCACCACCAUCCAAGGUCUUUGUCCCUGACCAGCCGGAGAGCACUGAGGAGCCUGAGAAAAGCCUCUUGAGUGACGUGUCCUGCCACACAGAGCCAGACAGCACCUCUGAGUUCAUGCACCAGAUCAUCGACGAGGUCUUCCAGGGGAUCUCAGCAAACAUCAGUGAGCCAUCUCCAGAAUCUUCCAUUCUGUCAUCCAAAAAGGAUAAUCGGAGGGCCAACUCCUUGCCAAUCAAGAAAACUGUGCAUUUCGAGGCUGACACCUACAAGGAUGCCUCCUGUAGCAAGGACCCUGUCUACAGACAAAACCUUCAUUCUGAAGAGGGUACCCAAGGGGCACAGUUGUUGCUGAAGCAGGAUGGACAGGUCCCAGCAGCGGAAGUUGCUGAGGACAAGCCAGUAGAGGAAGCCCCAAGGAUCCUGGAAGCAGCCGCGGAUGACCUCGCUUGGGUGGAUGGGAAUAUGGAUCAUUCUCAGACUUCCCAGACUAGUCCCUCCUGGAACAGGGCGCUGGAGAGUGCAGCUGGCCCCAGGGAAGAUGGGCCUCCCCUGCCACCCCCUGGGGAAAAUAGUCUUCUGGCCGAUUCCCUGGAGAUCAAGGUUAAGCUGCUGACUGUCCAAGCUUUAGGAAGAGAAGACUAUUUUGAAGAAGUGCCUCUAAAAGCCUCUAAAUUUAACAGUGACCUCAUCGAUUUUGCCUCCACCAGCCACCAGCAGACUUUCAACAAGUCCCCUCCUCCUCCUGAGAGAAAACCGGUCGAGGAAGAGGCCUUGGAGGAGAAUCAUGCUGAGAAAUUGGGUAAAAGGAAGAGCAAAUCUGCCCACAAAAAGCAGGAUUCAGAGGAGCCCCAGGACAAGUCUGUCCAGGAUGACCCUGACCAGGACCCUGGCCCGGAAGCCCUCGGCUCUCCUUGGGCCCCAGAGGAGGCCCCGGGGGCUAAGAAGGCCAAGGUGUGUGAGAAGGCCAAGCACAAGUCCCCCUGGCACCGGCGAGGCGAGGAACAUGGGGCGGCGGGGGCUCCAAAGCGGCUUGAGGGGGAAUUGCCUUUCAACUCGCCCAGCAGCGACAUCAGCUUGGAUACUCUGGGGAGCCCCAGCGAAGAAUGCCUGGACUUCAGGCCUUCCCCGCCGCUUUCCAGGGUCUCGGUCAUUCCCCAUGACCUCUUCUACUACCCGCACUACGAGGUGCCCCUCUCUGCGGUGCUGGAGGCCUAUGCAGAAGGGGUGGAGGAUUUGAAAAAUGAAGAAAUGGACCUGGAGGAGCCAGAGGGCUACCUGCACGGGCUGGGAGCCGAGGAUGCCGAGGAGGCCAGGGAGGCUGAGGAGGCUGAGGAGACCGAGGCCGAGGCUGCCCAGAGCACUGUCAGCUUCCUGGGGCCGGGCAAGGACCUCCCCCAGGACAGCGACCAGGCCCCCCAUCUCGACUGGAGUGCAGAAGGUGCCCAGCCAGCCUCUGAACCCGGCCCCCCACCUCCCCAAGAGACCCAGCAGCAAAGGGAGGUCGAGGAGGGUGCUCCUGCCGAGAGCAAUCAGUUCCAGGAACCCACCAACUCAGAAAACUUAGCAAACCCCUUAGAAGAAAAUGUAAUGGAAAAGUCGAUGAGCAGUAAAAAGAAGGAGAAAAGGAAACACAUGGACCACGUAGAAAGCUCAGUCUUUAUAGCGCCUGGAGCUGUCCGCUCCUCCGAUGACCUCGAGGAAGACACCGGCGACCACAAAGUCCCUUCCAGGACUAGUCACAGCGACUCCAGUAUUUACAUUCGACGACAUAGUAAUAGGUCCCUGGAAUCGGAUCAUUUUAGCCACAUUCACCUGAGGAAUGCAGCGGGAGUGGACGACAGAGGAAAUGGGAUGUUAACCAGGUACAAUACUCAGAAGCUCACUGAGCUGAUUUUACAGUUUUAUGGCAUCAGAGCAGACAUGAAGAGGGAGUACAAACAUGCCAGAAUGUCCAUGAAAGCCAAGCAUGCUGGGGAAGCCAGGCUGCAGGCGAGCCCAGGCCCGCAAAGCGACUCGCUGACCCAGUUUGUCCAGCAGCCGGACAUGAUGUAUUUUAUCCUGUUCCUCUGGCUGCUGGUGUACUGCCUGCUGCUCUUUCCGCAGCUGGACGUCAGCAGACUCUGAUGCGCGUGCCUGGACAAUAAAGAAGACAGCACCCUGCCAGGGGCCGCGGCUCCUUUGACUUCUUUGCUCUGGGUUCUGAAUCGGGCACCCGGCAGAUGGUUGAGGACCCCGAGGAAACAGACUCCUCACCCCACCCCCUUGCGCCACAUUUCCUUUUCCUCCUGUAAGUCCUAAGCAUGCUUUUCUGUCUGUACAAAGCUCAGGUAGGUGGCCGCGUCCCAGGAGCGCUGGUUCUGGGCCUUGCCGGGUGGGGUGUUGAGUGUCUCACUAAUACUUACGUAAACAUGACCGCUUGUAGCUUAUCCCACCUACGGGUUUUUAAGGAGUGGACUGGAGUCACCUCUCUGAUAAGGGUCCCCCUGGUGAGAAAGAGGGCAGAUGCCCCAGGCAGAGACUCCUGGGGUGAACACUACUGCAGGAGAGUGGAGGUGCUAGGGCUGUGCCCCCAAGCCUGGUGGUGGGUCUCGUCUGUGGGGCCUCAGACAGCAGCUGGAGGCUGCCCUGCUGGCUCCAGAAAGCACAAUGUAUGAGGAGGGAUGUGAAGGCUGAGCGUGUGCGGUACGUACUGCGCUCCAGUUCAGCUUGCGCCCUCGACAUUUGGGGGGUGGGCAGGGUGGACUUGGGAACCAGGUGUGGGUUGCAUUUUAAAUUCAUCUUUGCAGUGACUGUACUGAAGUAGACCUGUGAUUUUCAAACUUCUACCAGGGGAACCCUCCUUUGAAGUGAAAUCUUAGGAGCCCUGUGUAGACGAGACAUUUAAAGCAAGGCCUGCUGACACCAGGGGUGCCCUGCAAGCCACCCCUUUGGCUUCCUUGGAUGGCUCCUGAGCCAUCUGUGCCCACCCCCACAGUGCACAGGCCACGGCCAAAAGCCCGAGGAGGCUUGUGGACAGAGCUGGGUUAAGAGUAAGCCCCAGCUGGGGUGCAACCUGCACGUGGCCCCACAGGCCCCUCCUCCCCGCAGCCUCUGGUCCUGUCUGGGAGUGCGAGUCUCCGCAGUGUCCUCUGGUUGGUCAGGUGGGUUUCUCGAAAAGAUUCUCUGGAAAGCACUGCAGAAAGCAGCCCUGAACAUGCCCUCGGGUCCACCCCCUUCCAUCUCCCUGCUGCUCUGAACCGCACCCCCAACUCCACCCUGUUAUGCUUCCUCCUCCCAUUGUCCACCCCCUCUAAAGGCAUGGAGCAGUCACUAAGAAGGAUCAGGCCGGGCAGAGUCUGUAGAGCAUCAGAUGAACCCAGAGAGGCAGAAUGGACAGUCCAAGGUUGCACAACUAACCAGGAACGAACUUGCCAGCACACUCAGGCCACCUGAUGCCCAGGCCAGAGCGGUCACCUGCUUUAGGUCCAGCGCCGGGGCCCAGGAAUGUCCUGGAAUAAAGAUAAAGAACUAGAUUUAAAUGGCCUCUUUCAAACAAAACCUCAGUUUCUAGACCAACACUCAACUUUGGUUGUGUUUUGCUAUUUUUCCCAUGAGGAAAGUUCUUCCACCCUCAAGCGUGUCCACUACGACUUCUGGAAUACCCAGGACAGUUGUAAUGGCAUAUCCCCUGGCGUUGUUCUUGCGCCCCAAAUCACAUUUCUCUCUUCGCUGGCCAAGGCCUGCUCAUUUCAAGCAGUUAAAUUAGCUUGAAUUAUUUCAAGCAAUGGAUUUCAGGUUUAUAGGACUCCAGCAUAGCCAAAAGAAUUUGCAUAGCACAUGUGAGUCGAUGACAGCUCAAAUCUGGCCUCUAACCCGUCUGCCGAUACCCCCCACCACCACCACCACACAAGAGAAUAGAAGCCUUCCAGGCCCUAUGCUGUUGGGAGCAAGUAGUCAUCCUUGAAGGCCAAGUAUCCCAUGGAAAAUGAGCUAAUUAAUGGGCUCCCUGGCUUCUCUGAAAGCUCAGCGCUACAGAGAAUAAAGAUUGUAUGUGUGUUAUUUUAUAAGCCUGGAUGGCACGUGGUCCUCACCUUAAUUAGACACUGGAAGAGCCAGGGAAGCGCUGACCCAAACAUGAAUCGUUUUGUUUUAUGGUUCAAACCUUGUCCAGAAAAAUCUCUGCAGGCUUCGUCUCUCCCCAUUAUAUUGUGUAAUAUUAUUUUAAACCAAUGGUUGGCGAAAUGCCUGAAAGUCAUUGGUUCAGGCUGGCAGCAAACUGACUUUUUUUUUAAGAGGGAAAAAAUAUUCUCUAGAGGAUAGGCUUAUAUGGAAGAAGCUGGACAUAGAAGCCUGCAGAACAAACCAUCCCAUGGCUUGUGAUAUAUUUUCAAGCAUUUAAAUUCUUAUCCAAGUAAUUAAUUCUAGAAGGCUUUUAAUGAAAACUAGCCAUUCCCAAGUCUUGUGCCUAAAAGUAACAUUUUCACCUCCUCUAGCUUCAUCUCUGAAUAUUUACCUCUGCAUUUUUACAUUGCAUGUUUAUGGCUCUUUUUUAUUUUUCAUUUUUUAAAAGAUCGAUUUACAAGGGCGGGAGUGUAGGCCAGGGGAUGUGAGAGGAUUCACCAGAGACAGAGCGGGGAGCAGAACAGGCGGAUCUACUGAAAUACACUGCUGAGGGGAGCAGCGGGUGAGGCAGGAGAGGUCAGCUGCCACUUCCCUGGCCAGGGAUCCAGCUGUUGCUGCACUGGCUGCUAAUAGCUUCAUAAUGCUGAGAUUUAACCCCUUGCGUCAUCAGGGAGGCCCCUAUGGCUCUUCUUUUAAAUGAAUUUAGAGUUGUCAGCUGAGUGGCUGUGAUGGUAGAUGAGUCCACCCUUAUCCACUUUGGUUUUAAGUAUAGUUAUUUGUGACUCAUCUCCAUUCAGAGUGAGUCUAUGAGGACUAUAUACACCUGAACCCAGGAGUGCACUCUGGUUACAUGUCCUUUCUUGUCACAUUUUCUCCCUUUGAUUUAAUUUCAGGUGGAGGCAGGUGGGGAGAGCACAUUCUUUAAUAACUUCCUGAGAAGGAGAACAGGAGAAGUAAAGAUUGCUGUAAGCUAUUUUGAGAAUUUGCAUAACUUCAAUUGUCUUUACACUGCCCUUACCCAGUGUGGCUGGACAGAGAAUUGCAGGCAGAAGGUAACACCCUCCUAGCACCUCCCAACGUGGUGGUGACAUUUCUGAUGUUGCGCUCACUCCCGAGUCUUUCGAUGUGACUGGGGUAUCUCCCCCUUCCCCAGAAACCUCAAAGAUCCCUUUGUCUUUGUGCUGUGAACUGUCCUGGUGCUAGAAUGUCCUUGCUGUUGUGCCGGCUGCAGGUUCUCUCGGGGAAUUUUUAUAUUUUCUUGCAUCUGUUCACAUUCUUUCUUUCUGGACCACCUAUUAUUCCAAUGUUGGACCUCCCAGCCAGCCCUCUAGUUUUUAUAUUUUAUCUUUUCUAUGUCUCAGAUCAAUUUUAUUUCUUCUUCAGGGAGAGCUAUGUGGCUCUAUUAUCCCAGGGUUAUUUGUUAGUUUUACUAAAAUUUUUUCCCAAUGUUUAGUUUUCAGUUUUAGUUUAAUCUUUCAUUUCCAAAGCAUUUUGUUCUCUUGCUUCUGGUUUCUAGUGUCCUGGUCUUGUUUUGUGAGCGCAACCCUUCUCUCUCUCUGGCCGUUCCUGAGGUGGGUUUUUAGGAAGUUCUUCUCUGCUUCCUGUUCUACCUUUGUUUCCUCUGUGUUGCAUUUCUCUGGUUGGUCUCAGGCUCUGCCUCUCAUGUUACAAGUUUUUCGCAAGUAUCUGGUGAUCCUGUGGGUCUGUUCAUGUUGAAGAUGUUGACACAUUGGCCAUGUCAGGACUGGCUUGUGGGGUUGGCAGGUAGAUGCUUCACCCAAGGAUGAAGCGGGUCUCUGCUCAGGGCUCACUGCAUUUCUCCAGACCUCUUUCCAUUUCUGCCUGAGAAAGGGACGUGCACAGGACCAGCCCAUGCCAUGUCCCCAUGCAGUUUCAAAAAAGGCAUGCACUCUUGGAUGCCAUAGGGAAAGGUCCUCUCAUGGCACAGAGCUCAAGUGGCUGAGGGCACCUUUUCCUCUUCCUUGAGGCAGAUGCAGCCUCAAGCCAGGACAAGUCAGGUGGGGGGUUGGGGGGCAAGCAGAGGCUGGAUCUCUGCUCCCAGCUGUCCCCUAGCCGGGCAUCUCAUGCAGUGCCCACCUCAUGCUGGAGCCCCGACCUCUGAGCAGGCUGCCUCGUCAUGGUCAGCGUUGACUCCUGGUUUCUCUGGGUCAGAGCGGCUCUCAUUCUCCCUGGAGCAAGUCUGCUGCACCUGGCCAGUCAGGGCCCUGCCUCUGUGGGUGCAGGGGGCUCCUCUGUCCCACCAUAAAUAGGUUGGCAUCUCUUGCCCACUGUAUGUCUUCUCUGUCCCUUUGUCUCAAAGUUGCGCCUCCAUUCCUUUGCUCUUGUCUUCAUGGGGUUCACAAGGCAGGAAAAGGAACCCAUGUGUUCAUUGCACCCCCUUAAGCCACAGGUGCCCACAGAGUUAUCUCGCCACUUUGUUAGAUGGCCACCACUCUGUUGACUUGUCUGUGAACUGAGUCUUUGGCCACGUCCUGCUCUGUGGGCAGCUGGGUCCCUGUGUGAUGCAGUGCCGAGUGCAAGGGAGUGCGGAGCCAGCCGGGAGCCCGAGAGCUCCUGCUUGUAGCUCUGCCACCAUUCAGGCACUCUCCCACCUCACCUCCCUCUUCAGCUCCUACCCCCACAAAACCAUCUCAGAUUGCCCAGCUCCCCACAAGCUCCAGUUGGUGGACUCUUACAGCUCUCAUUUCUGGCCCCCCUCACAUAUUUGUAAGCCAGCAGCCCAGUGCGCCAACAGGACAGCUCCUCUGAGGGUUGGCUGCUGGGGCCAGUCCCUCCUGGUCCAGACCUGGGCUCUGUGUAUGGAUGUGCUCCCCACAGCUAAGGAUCAGGGGACAAGCCACCCAGGACAGAGGCUGCUUCGCCCUUCUGGACCUCAGCACAGUUCUCCCCAGCCCCUCUGGGCAUUGCUUAUCUGCCCCUUACAAGCAGGGGUGGGGGUGCGUGUGGAAGACAAGCAUUUAGAGGUGGCCUGGGUGAUCACGUAUCCCUGCACCUUGUUUUAGAAGUGAGAAAACUGAAGAUCAGGUUAAAUGAUGGGCCACGCUCCUAGUUCCAGCCCUCGGGUGAGACAUCUUCAUUCCUGAUGGAGUUUUCUUCAAAAUUAGAACCUCUGGCCACUGUAGUUAACCUGCACACCCCCCCCCCCAAACACACACACAACAAAGACACGGGAGGCAUGGGGCUAAUCUGGCCCAAGGAGUCAGGAAGGGAGGAAGGACGUGCCUCAGUGACGUCGGGGGUCCUCUGUCCUGUGGUUUUGUCACUGCCAUCGGAGACGGGAGCUCUUGCAGGUGAGCUCCAACUUCAGUCUCCAGAAGGCCACUGGAGGAGUUUGAUGCCUGCCCUUUGUGCUGGGAGACAAGGCCCCGCCCACACUCAGCUUCCUGAGGUGCCCCCUGGGCUGUGUGCUCUGGCCAGGAAACAAGCUCAGAAAGCCCUUUGGGCCCAGAUGUGCUCUCUCCCUCUCCCUGCUGUUGCACCAUCUCCGCUGAGCCUGCCGGUCUGGAGGAUUUACUGCCCUGGGCCCCUGUGCAGAGCUGGUUUGCCCUGAGUCCAUCCAGCUGGUGGACGGGGGCUGGAUUGAGGCCCAGGCCCCGGGGGCUGGUGGGAAACUGAGCGCUGGCCUGAGCGACAUCGCUCUUAUGGGCCACAAGUCACUGCAGUUUGCCUUCACAGUUAGUGUGGGAGGGAGCCAAGAAAUGAGACCUGGGGAGCUUCCUGGCAGGACCCUGAAUCCACAAAUCUUGUUGACUCUUCUUCUGGUCCGCAUUUCCUUGGGGAACAACAGUCAGCAGCUCAGGGAAGUGAGCCUGGUGCAGGAGCAGCAGGAGUUUAGCACAAGUUGCAUCCAGACUCUUCCCUUUCCCUCUUGUACAGAGUUGAGCCUGAGGACUCCACAGGGCACACGGCCCUGCUUGCUCUGAUUCUUGGGAGUGCCCCAAUGGCCUUCAAGCCUCGUUAUUUCUCUGUGUACAUACGGCCGGGCUGGACAUGAGCCUGGCGGAGGCUGGAGCCACAGAGCUGCUACUUUGCGAGAGUCAGUGACCAUCAGGGUCCCCAAGCGCCUCUGAGAAGUACUGCCAGGCCCCACGGUGCCAGCCAGAGCCACCUCUUUGUGUUGAUUGUUUGUUCUGAGAACCUCGAAACACAUCAGGCCAGCAGUUCUUCCCCAUCCAGGGCUGUCAUCUCAACAAGCCAGAAAACAUUCUCAUUCAUGGGAAAAGCCAUCCGAGAUGCGUGUCCGGCCCGCACUGGCUUGAAAUCACUCCAGCACAGCCUCUAAGGGCCUCACCCCACUGCUGGCUUAAAACCCAGCAUGCAGGUGUCAAGUCUCACUUUCAAGAGUCUCCCUAACUGAAUUCAUUUAUUUUUUAAUCUCUUCCUCCUCCUUAGGGGGCAUAUUAUGGGGUAGGGAGAGAGGGCAGGUAUGGGGAGCAGCCAGAUGGAGGCCCAGUCCCAGCUCUGUCACCAGGUGCUGGAUGAGCUCAGGCCGGCAGCCUCUCUGCCUGCUUGUGCACACAGCACACGCACAGGCCCUGUUUGUGGCUGAAUAACAGCUGCCUCACGAGUUUGUCAGGACAUGGUAAGUCUCUGCAGUCCUCACUCCACGUUCCCGCCUCUCCAGUCUCCACUUACGUGGCUCCUCGCAGCCUCCCGCCUGUCCACCUCUCUUGCCAGCUGCUCUGUCCCCAAUACAACGACUGCCUCUUACAAAAGAAACUUGGGACCAUUGUAUACCCGUCACCUCGUCUGACCCUCGCAACAAUUAAGGCGGUGGUGGUUUCAGGAAGGAAGGAAGGAAGGAAGGGAAAAAUAAGGUCAUGGAGCUUGUGAGUGGCAGGGCCGCAAACACGGGGCUCUUAUUUCAAAGGCUGCUAAAGGGAUGCCUGAUAAAGAUUCUGCUUCGUGGUGACUUUAACCUUCUUGCAAGGUGUGGGCAGAAGUUCUUGGCAUUGGAAAAGCAGGGAACUUUGUAUGUCACCACUUUGCACCCUUCCUCCCCUCGAGGCCUCUGCAUACUUGGGCUCCCCAGCCACAUCAAACUGCCUAACUAUCCCCUGCAUCCGAGGAUGCCCCAUUUUCAUGUUUUAGCCUGUGGUUGCAAAUUUGCAACCAAAUGACUGCCUCUAAAGGACCUUUGGCAGUGAAAUCUCUGUGUCUGACAGAAGAUUUUAGUUAUUCAUUUAAUUCUACAUCCCUCCCCCAGCUAAUCGCCUCUCCACUGCCGAUGCAUGCUUUUCAGAGCAGGAAACCAGGCUUUCUCCUUCCAUAAAAGCCAAUUAGUUCCAUUGUGCUGGGCAGAGGGCCCUUAAAAUGGGGAUAGGAACAUGGAUUGCUUGGAUGAAACCCAAAUCAUUUGGGAGAGAGAGAAAAUCCCCCCCCCUUUUUUUUUAUGAAGGGCAGGCUUGAUGCACUGACUUUUAUGUUAAUGGUUGUGUGUAUGUGUGUUUGAAUAUUCCAAAAUCUGUUUACCCAUUCUUUUCUCUCUCUGUCCAUCCCCACCAUCCUCUAUACCCUCUGCCCCUUCCCCCUGCCUAUCCCCAUUAACCUCAGAUUCCUCACCGUAUUUAUUAAUGCAACCUAGUUUUUGUAAGUAUUUUGCCAUAUUGAGCAUUUGUCUUUGUGAUUCUGACUGGCUUUACUGUACCUCGUUCCCUCAAAUGCUGUUCUGCUGAGAAUGGCUAAUUCUCAUCUUUUCUUUGGCUGCAUAGUCUUCCACCGUGUGCCUAUACCACAGUCUACUGAUAGGCAGAAUUAUGUUUUCUUUAAAUUUAAAACUCUCUGGAAAGGUUGACGGCUUUUGCCAUCACCACUACUUCUUUUAGCCACCCACAGCCACCCACCGACGUCAACAAGAGUGUGAUCUGUGCUGUAAUGAGAAAGAGCCACAAAUGCCUGUGUUCCCAGAUGCCAUGCGAGCAUGGAAACUUGUGAGAGGUACUCUGGGAAUAUCUGUCACCUGGGGAGUUGGCAUUGUUCCAAAGCAGGACAAGGCUGGCCUGACAUCAGGAAACGACAUUCUAGCUCUGGUUCAAGGUGAUGACCUCUCUGGUUGGAAGUCCAGAACACCCCUUUUAAAAAGUCCUUCCUAGGUUUAAAAUUCCAAAGGUGACAAGUUCAAUUUUUUUUUUUUUUAAAUCUCAGGAAGUUAUACCUAUUUGCUGUUAAAACAAACACACCUCUAGAAGUGAACUCCAAAGCUUAGAACAUCACUUUCCAUCCCUAGUCUCUGAGGAAGCUUUGGAAAAACAAAAUAGUCUGUUAAAGGUGCGGGGUUGAAUGUUUGGAGUAGAACGUGGGAGAUGAUCUUCCAGGGCUCCCGGGACAAGUGGGCUCCUUAAGUUAGCAUCUGGCAUCAUUUCCCAGGGGAAUUCAGCUGCAGGAAUUUUUGUUCCUUCCCCAACUGGACUCAAGAUACAUAGCCAUGGAAAUUCCACUGGGAAUCUGAGGCUGUUUGUGUUCUCACAUUGGCUCCUACGUAGCAAAGGCUGGCAGCUUGGUGCAGAAGGUCCCUGAGGUGGGUGUGGUACCCCGGGGAGGGCGAGGUGCAGAGGAAACCAGCCCUCUGUUCUUGAAAUUGUACCAUAAGAUAGCUGCCUGCUCGCUGGCUUUGGUGCUGGUGAUAGCAGCCAAAGAGUAAAUGUGGGAAAAUGGGUGUGCACGUCCCUGGGAGAAAAGAUAAACCUGGAAACGGAUUUGUUCAGAGCAUAUACUUUUGGAUGGUGGUAAGUGUUUAUUUUUUCAAGAUCUGUAAUGUGUUUUAACAGAUUUAAUGCUAGAAUUUCUUUUAACGCCACAGCAGGACUUGACAAUGUCUAAGAAUUUUUACUGAGAGCUCUAAGAGAACUAUUGAAAAAAGGUGAAAUGCUAUUUUGUAGUACAAGGAUUAUUUUGUCUAUUGAGUAUAUACAUAGCUGUAGCUUUGUAAAAAGGGGUCUUUGUAAAACAAUUGUAUGAAUGUGUACUCUUAUUUAUUGAUUAUUGUAAAUGUAGAUUAAAUGACUAUUUGCAUAAUUUAUACCUGUGGGGAAUUAACUGGAGUAUUUGUUACUUGACUGUUUUCUAUUAAGGAGUAUCAGGCUUGGUGCUACGAUGAACGGUCUUGUAAAAUUACAUGUAUUCCUAAGAAAAAACUUGAGUAUAAAUCUCAUGAACCGACCAUCUCAUUGAUAAUUUUUAUCUCCAUGUAUGUUUGUGCCUUUGCCAACCAGAAGUUACACUCUUUACUUUAUUACAGCAAACAGUACUGUUCGCAGGAUAAAGACCAACAGAAAUGGUUUGGUAAAAACCAAAUGAAACCAACUGACUUUAGAGUCGUAGGUUUAUAAGGAAGAUACCCUGACAAACUGUGCAGUAACCUUGAACCUGUGUUUGUGAAGUUCCA